CAAACACAAGUGAAAAUAACACACCAAGAAUCCCUCGGCAAAAUUAUCAAAAACGAAAACCACCGUUUAGCUCGCUUCUACUCUCUCUCUCUCUCUCUCACACACUCACUGAUGGAGUCCCCAAAGCCCUUGGGCCCUCUGCUCUCCCUCUCCACCUUCAUACACCACCACUGCCUCCGCCUCGCCGCCGACCUCUCCAGCCGCCUCGAAGACACCAAACGCCUCGCCGGAAACUUCCUGCCGCCGGCGACCAGGCGCCUGCUUUCCGCCCCGGGCACUCCGCCUCUGGCUUGGGUGGGCCAACCGAACCAUGCCUUGGCCGCCACCACCGCGACUCUGAGCUCCGACCACGUGGCGAAGAGCCUAGUCGGCACGGCGGUGUAUACGGUUAGCAAUGCGAACAAUGAGUUCGUGCUUAUCUCUGACCCCAGUGAAGCCAAGUCCAUUGGCCUCCUUUGCUUCCGCAAAGAAGACGCCGAAGCCUUCCUCGCUCAGGUUCGGACUAGGACGCGAGAGUUGAGAAGUCCAGCGAAGGUCGUCCCAAUCACUCUUGACCAGGUGUACAUGCUGAAGGUAGAAGGAAUUGCAUUUAGGUUUUUGCCUGAUCCAGUUCAAAUAAAGAAUGCACUUGAGCUCAAAGCUGCGGACAGGAGUGCAUUUGAUGGAGUUCCUGUUUUUCAGUCCGACCUUCUGGUUGUGAAGAAGAAAAACAAGCGUUACUGCCCAAUAUAUUUCACUAAGGAAGAUAUAGAAAAGGAAUUGUCAAAGGUUUCCAGAUCAUCCCGAGGACCAGGGGUUUCUCAAAAUAUUAUGGUUGGUAGUCUGGAAGAUGUUUUGAGAAAAAUGGAGUCAAGUGAGAAGAAUUCGGGCUGGGAAGAUCUGAUUUUUAUUCCACCUGGCAAAAGCUACUCCCAACAUAUUCAAGAUGUGGUUAAAAAAUGAAGCCUAUAGCCAACUUCAACUAACCAUACAAGAACUAAGUUUAGCAGUCAGGUCAUUAUAUGUUUUCCAGUUGUUCGUAAUAAAGCAGGUCAGCUAACUUUCGCGCUCCUCCUCCUUUUUUCCCGUGUAGUAAUGUGAAUUCCUAGGGAGAGGUGUGCAAUUGGUUAAUGAUAUGCAGAGGGAAGCUGAGCUUGGAAGUGAAUAUAGCGAUUGAAACAAGCAGAAUAUAUUUUGGCGGAGAUUAGUGGAUUUCCACUUGAGGAAGUUGGUUGUAAUGCUAUCAUUGUUCUCAAGAUAUUGUACUAAAGUUUCUCAUCUCAUAAAGGGGUUAGUCUUCAACUAGUUUAAUAUCAAUUUGCACUUCAACCCCCG